GGAUGAAUGAAGUAGGGAAAUUGGUGGAGGAAGAGUUUUUUUGUGGGGUUUGCUAUUUCUUGAAAGAAAGCUAAAACCCUUAGAAGUCCAACAAAGUUCCAAAUCAUUCUUAGAAAAGUUCAUCCUGAAAUAUGCUGGAAGUAAUUCAAUGACUGAUAUUAUUAUUUUUGUUCAGCCUCAUAGUCACCAACGUUGGCAAUCAAUUUUGCUUAUUUUAAAUGCUUGCUGGGUCGUUAUCAAAGACCUCCUGGAAUCCAUUUGAUUAUUUUAGCUUUCCACACUUCUAACAUUAAAAGAUGACAUUUAUUUGUUGCCCCUAUAUUUCCUGGUUGCAGAUCAUUUUGGCAAGAGAGUAUUUGAAGGAUGUUAGUAUCAGCAGGGAGCAAAUAAAAUACUUGGUUAUGGAAGCUGUUCGAGGUGGUUGUCAGGGUCACAGAGCUGAGCUGUAUGCUGCACGUGUCGCAAAGUGCUUAGCUGCUCUGGAAGGGCGGGAAAAAGUUAAUGUGGAUGACCUCAAAAAAGCUGUAGAGCUGGUCAUUCUUCCUCGUUCCAUUGUUAGUGAUAACCCACCAGAACAACAAAACCAACAGCCUCCACCUCCACCACCUCCUCCACAAAAUCAAGAAUCUGCAGAUGAGGAGCAGAAUGAGGAAGAUAAAGAGGAUGAGAGUGAUGAAGAGAAUGAGCAACAGCAGGAACAAAUACCAGAAGAAUUUAUCUUUGAUGCAGAAGGAGGUUUAGUAGAUGAGAAACUCCUUUUCUUUGCACAACAAGCACAGAGACGUAAGGGAAGGGCUGGGAGAGCAAAGAAUGUGAUAUUUUCAGAGGAUAGAGGAAGAUACAUUAAGCCAAUGCUUCCAAAGGGUCCUAUAAAGAGGUUAGCUGUUGAUGCAACCCUUAGAGCUGCUGCACCAUACCAAAAAUUGCGUAGAGAGAGGGACACUCAAAAAAGUAGGAAAGUUUUUGUGGAGAAAACUGACAUGAGAGCCAAAAGAAUGGCAAGAAAAGCAGGAGCAUUGGUAAUAUUUGUUGUUGAUGCAAGUGGAAGCAUGGCAUUGAACCGAAUGCAAAAUGCUAAAGGUGCAGCACUUAAGUUAUUGGCUGAGAGUUAUACAAGCAGAGAUCAGGUCUCCAUUAUUCCUUUCCGAGGAGAUGCCGCAGAAGUCCUUCUGCCACCUUCUAGAUCAAUUGCAAUGGCAAGAAAACGUCUUGAGAGACUUCCUUGUGGCGGUGGCUCUCCAUUAGCUCAUGGUUUAACGACAGCUGUCAGGGUGGGGCUAAAUGCAGAGAAAAGUGGGGACGUUGGACGUGUGAUGAUUGUUGCUAUAACUGAUGGCAGAGCCAACAUAUCACUUAAGAGAUCGACAGACCCUGAAGCUGUUGCUUCUGAUGCUCCAAGACCUUCAGCACAGGAAUUGAAGGAUGAGAUUCUUGAGGUGGCCGGGAAAAUAUACAAAGCAGGGAUGUCUCUUCUCGUCAUUGACACAGAAAACAAGUUUGUGUCAACUGGUUUUGCCAAAGAGAUCGCUAGAGUAGCUCAAGGGAAGUAUUAUUACUUACCAAAUGCUUCAGAUGCUGUCAUCUCUGCUACAACAAAGGAUGCAUUAUCAGUUUUGAAAAACUCAUGAUCUGAUUUUUCUUGUUCUUUCUAGUCACUCACAUAAUGGAACGGUAUGCUGUCUGUAAACUGCAAUUCACAGUAAUAAACUUUUAGUUUUUGCUUGUCUGCUUGUCCCUUCAAUCCUGAUUCAUGUAAUGAUUAAGCGAGAGAGGAAAUAACUCG